ACAAUAUGUGGCAAAAUUAGGGACCUGGCAACUACUUCCAAUCGCUGACCAAUGCCAAACACAGUCAGGAUCUGUUUGGUCUUGGAUCCAGACAGCAUUAGAGAUGGUGAUCUGAACUGAUGUUUUAUCAGCGACUGUGUAUCACUCGAAAUGAAGCCUUGUGUGUAUGCGUGAAUGCAAUGAAUGUGUCAAAAAAAACAGCUGUCGGGUGUUUUCAUGGGUGUGUCAACAUCGUGUGGGAUGGGGAUUGGACGAGCGAAUGGUGUACGCUCCACACAUGCCACGCUGUUCUAGCAACGAGUUCACACUGGAUCCAAAGCAUCGUAUGCAUUUCGGUUCAUCAUCCAUCAACAUUUAUUGGCAAUGUUAUGCUCUGGGGAUCGACGUGUACUUACAUACUGUACAUGUAAUAACGCUGUGUGGGUCCCGGACCAAACAGAUCCCGAUUGUGUUUGGCAUCGGUCAGUUAGAGUUAGUCACAAAAAUUUAUAGAUUUCUACAAAUUGGAAAUUGGCCAAAGUAAUACAACAGACUUUCAGAGUAUUGAUGGGGUCGGUGAUCCAUACAAGCAAAAGGGGUUUCAUGGAAGGCAUUUUUGCUGAGUCCCCACUUUUUGAAUUGACAGCUGUGGAGCCUGGGAUACGGAGGGAGUUCAAGACUGGCCCCCAGUCUGGGGCUAGGCCAUGGCAUGUUGUUAAUUAACAAAAAUGGCAGUCAAGACCCACUGGUGGCCUUGCUUUGUGGGUGUGGUACUUCUUGCAAUAGUCCUGGGUUUAGCUACUGUCCAUUGGCAAAAACAGAGUGAAUUUGACUCCUUCAUCAAAGAACACGGCUUGACUCACUACGAAUCCACUUUCUCCAGUGCUGGUGUUAGCUACUUGGAGCAGUUUGCCUCUCCAGAUCUGCUGGAGCAUGAAGUCUUUGAGAAGCUCUCUGCCGCUGGGAGAAACAAAAUCCAUCAAGUCUCAGAGAAGCUGGCUUCCUCACUGCUUCUCUUCCAGUGGCUGGAUUCACGACAACUGCAGCAUCACCAUGGCGAUGUUCAGGCAUGGUUGGAUAAGCACAAACAGAAACGACACAGAGGCUCACAUUUUGGGUAUACUAGUGUGAGACAGCUUGCCAUGCUUACACAAGAGGAGAUUUCUCAUCUCAUCACGUACUUGAAGACAACAGAGUUUGAGACCUACUUGCUGAGGGAAGGCAUUAAGGAACUUGCAGUUGAGGACAGUUGGAGACAACUGAUCUUGAAUCCAACAUUCUCCAGUGUUCAGAAAAUGAAGGAUUUUUUUAUUUUUGAUCGCCUGCUCAUCCUGACCAUGCCCCUGGGUCUGCUCUGCUUCUGGGUGUGGGGAAAUUACCAGUUGGCCCGGGGAAUCCCCCAGCAGCAGGGCCGGGAGAGACCCUCCUCCAUCCUCAACUACAUCACAGGGAGUCUGCUGGACGUCAACUGCUGUAAGGUGGAGUGGGGCUGGGCGGAACCGGCCAUUGUGGGAGAAACAAUGAGCUUUGUGAUCAAGUUUUUCCAGCGGAAUCGAAGGCCUUACAUCAUCAACCGAGACAACAGCCUACCAGUUAUCAUUGAGAUCACGGUCAGUCAGCAGCGCGUUGCCUGCUCGUUAGAGUACGGCACAAUCAACGAAGUCAAAGCUUCUUUCACGGUUCGUCGGGCCGGGCUGUACACAAUCACUGUUCGCUUAGGCCAGAUGAACAUCAGAGGCAGUCCCUACAGAAUGAACUUCCUGCCAGGUCCAGUGGAUCCCUCUAAAUCAGCCUUUGUGCGGCACAGCUCCACCAUGGUAGUGACCCGCGGUCACAUGUGUCCACUGUUUAUUGAGCCUAGAGACCAGUUUGGCAAUCCCUGCUUAACCAGCCUGGACACAAACAGGGGCGACAGGAACAAGACUGAUGACUACUGUUUGCAAGUCACAGAGAUUGGCAGUGAUACUUUUGACAGUAAAAAACCACAUUACGAGGUAAAACCGAGCCAAGACAGGCAGUUGGCCCUGCGUGUGCGCAUGGAGACGACUGGCUGCUACAAAGCCUUGGUCACCUACAGAAAGGAAAAGUUGAGCAACGGCGAGUUUAAUAUUCUUGUAUUGUCUGAGAAUGAUGCUGAAAAAGUUAAGAAAAACUUGGACAAGAAGAGCACCGAAGGGUACGAGGCCACACUGCUGACCCACAACAAUGCUAAGCAACGGCGGCCAAAGAAGGUUUACUGUUAUAUCUCACCCAAACAGCUGACUGUCAAAGAGUUCUACCUCCGCAUCAUUCCCAAGAGGCUGCAGACAUUCAGAGUGUGUCCAGCCACCAAAUUCAACUUUAGCAAGGACCAAGCAGAGCAAGAGGUGCCUGUAUUUAGCGUUGAAGAUGGUUGCCAACCACCCAUGCAGCUGGCUUCCAAGCACAGAGAUGUCAUGGCCGCUACUUUCACCAAAUUCCUCCUUACAAAUAUCGGAGGAUCAGAGACGUUUCAGGACAAGCAGCGAUGUUUCCAUCGGGAGGUUGUCAGUCUGAAGCCGCGGAAGCAUCACUCAGUUGUGACAUUGAACAUUGACCGGCACAGUCUCUUGGAGAGCUCCAUGAAAGCCACAAAGCCUUUUUCAACUUCUGAUUGGUGCAAGAAAUUUGAGAUCAGCUUCCUAGGAGAAGAAGGUCAAGACUGGGGUGGUCUGGGAAGAGAGUGGACGGAGCUGGUCUGCACGGCACUCUUUGCCCCAGAGAAUAAAUUCUUCAAGAGGUUUCGAGACAACAACCAAGGGCUGGUUCAUCCCAAUCCAGAAAGGCCACCUCACUUGUGCAAGACUAAAUACUAUGAGUUUGCGGGCAAGGUAGUGGGCAAGUGUCUGUAUGAGUCAUCACUGGGCAGUGUCACUAGGCAGCUGGUCAAGGCCAGGUUCUCAAGGUCCUUCCUGGCUCAGCUGAUUGGACUCAGGGUCUCUCAUAAGUAUUUUGAGACGGAUGAUCCUGAUUUUUACACCACCAAAGUGCGCUUUAUACUGGACAAUGACGUCAACGAUAUGGGCCUGACCUUCUCUGAGGAGGUGUACAGCAAAGGAGGCCAACUUGCUCAGGAGGUGGACUUGAUUCCUGGUGGAGCCAGCACUCCGGUAACCAAUGACAACAAGACUGAGUACUUGGAUAAGCUGGCCCAGCAUCGACUGGCAAACAACGUGCAAGAGGAAAUAGAAGCCUUCCUCAAAGGCCUCAACGACCUGAUUCCAGACCAGCUGCUCAGCAUGUUUGAUGAAAACGAGUUGGAGUUACUAAUGUGUGGUACCUGCGCUUUUAGUGUGACCGAUAUGCAGAGACAUUACAUCCCGUCGGGACAAGGGGAACAGUUCGGUCAGAUGCUGGACUGGUUUUGGACUGUCGUGGCCAGCUUCACCCAGGAAGAGAUGGCCAGACUGCUGCAGUUCACGACCGGCUGCUCCCAGCUGCCUCCGGGUGGCUUCGCUGAACUCAGCCCCAAGUUUCAGGUCAUAGCCGCGCCGACACACGGCACGCUGCCAACUGCACAUACAUGCUUCAACCAGCUUUGCCUGCCAACUUACGACAGCAUCGAGCACCUUCAGAAGGCUCUGGUGUUAGCCAUCAACGAGGGAGGGGAAGGUUUCGGUCUACUCUGAUGUCCCCUUGCUCCCUUUCUGUGACCACCAACACCACCCUCAAGUAAAAACAACCUGAAAUUGUGAAAAUUAUCUCACCUCACCAAGGUAACGGCCUUUCCUGGUGCCCUUUUUUUAAAGGAAGUUUCUGGUGUCUAAUUCAGACCUUGUACAGGUAUGUGGCAUGCAAAAAUCUAAAAGACAGGGAAAUGACAUGAACGAAAUUUUGGACACAAAAUGUCUGCAUAUUUUUCCACUGUAGCACAGAUGAAAGUAAUUUGUUUGCAUCAGUCUUUAGAACAUGGUGAAUUAGUUUCAUUGCAUAGAUAGUUUUAAGACAUGUGAAAUGUAGGCCUUUUGGUCAUUACUUUGUAGGUGAAUUUGAUCAAAGUGGUAAUUGAAAUCACAUACAUAGGAAUGUUUGCAUAAUUUGAAUGUUGCUGCCUUGUUUGGAUUUAUGUAAAGAGUGUCUUGUUCAUUAUUUUUGUGCAUUUUUUUUGGUACAAUUGUUAUGCUUAAUUUUGUGCUUGCUAAAAGCAAGAAUGGUCACAGUCUUUUAUUGAAGGUGCAAUCUAUAUUUAUUACGCUUUGUAUUCUUUCAUCAUUUCAUGGAUUUUUUUCCAAGCCAAAUAUAAAUUUGUGUCAAGCGUAGCUGUGUCAAUAUAUGCUUUCAUGUAAAUUUCAUGAGAAACUGCAGUUUUACUGAGUUUAAUGUAUCAUUCUUUUGCUACUUAACUUUAAAGUUAGUUACAUGUAAGACGAGAUGAUGUGGUCAAGGCAGGUUUUUUAACUGGCUCACUGCAGCUGUAAACCUGAUUCCAUCGCCACCUAUGAAGUCACUCUGUGGACUAACUUAAGCCAACAACAGCGUUCUUGAUUGGGCAGUUCACUUCAGGCUGCUGUAAUGAGGUUUCUGAUAUGAAUGUCGUCUUAUUUGCCUCUCUCAGUUGGCGCUAUUGUCAAUGCCACUGAAUCAUUGUUAGAGGAAUUAAUCUGAUGGAGUUGAUAAAUCGAUGGCUCACUGCAUGUUGGAAAAGGUUGACAUCACAUGACUUUCCCAUAGCAAUCAUGCACGGCUCUAAAGCAUUGUACUUUGUCCAAGCUACCGAGCCAAAUCUUGUAAAUCCCCCCAUCUUGUCGCAAAACAGGAUGUUGCGAUAAUUCAGUCGUUUCUUCAGUGUGUGAAGUCACAUCGGUCACACUCACUUGGAUGUCCACCAUCUUCAAAGCAUGGUACGUGCAGUCAGUAAAGCAUCACAUAAUUACCAAGGUCAAUCUGUGAGCCUGAAAAAGACCUGAUAGGGUAUCAACAAUCGGGGUUGCAUUAUAAUGUAACUCACUCCUAUUUUUAAAGUUGAUGCCUGAGGAAAAAUAGUGCUAAAGCAAUCUGAGCCGUCAGGUUUACCCAAUGAAGAAAUGAAUAACAGGAAAAAUGAUGGAGGUUCCUUUACUACAGGGAUGCUAAUUUGGGGCUUUUUUAAAGGUGCAUGAUUUUGUACAUGUACAUGCACUAGCUUGUAAUUCGAGGAGUGCAUUGGAGUUUAUGAAAUAUUCUUAACAAGAUAUUUGUACAUAGAAUUUUUUACGCAGAGAAAUUUGUACACAGAGAGUCAGAUUCAGCUCACAAACGCUUUGGUGUAACUUUUUUGCUGGAGGAAUGAAUGAGAUAAGUACGCUUUGAAAUGUUUGAUACUGAGCGCUCACACAACUCUUUCAAGGUAAUUGGAAAGCCCAAAUUACUUACUAAACAUUUCAUCUAUCUGUAAAGCAUUUCCUGCUUCACUCCAUGACGCUAGUGUUUGGUCCUUUCAGGCUAGAACCUAACCACAAAGUUUACUAACUGCUGACUCGUCUUUCCAGCGGUAUGAGUAUGUGUACUGUGUGCACAUGUUUAGUCUGGUCAAGUCAAACGUCUUUUGCCAUGUUUGCAAGGUGCAUUUCACUCACGCUUCUGUCCAUGAAACCAUUCCACCUGCAGCCACAUCUCAGGUAUAUGAUCUAUUUUAUACAGUGUCUUUGCAAAUGAAUGACAAAAAGGAUACAAUUUGACCAAGAAUUCAAGAUAAUACGAGUAAGUAAAUCAUGUUCUUAAUGACAGUGUGGUUUGAGUGACUGUAAGUGGUCCAGUUCAGCCCAAUAAUCUUCUUGUCAUGGUGGAAACAGAAUGUUUUGGUCAAAUAUAUGAAGGAUAAACAUGUGCAGAUGAACACUUAAGCUGUUGCUUCGAGGAUAAAGUGUUCUUCAGAUGCAUAAAAAUCAAGACAUAAUAAUACAUAAUUUAUAUCUGGAAGAAUGUUUUAUCGAAAGAGUCCUUGAACUUGAGUCCUCAGGUUUCUGCUUAUGUGCACUCUUUAGCUGAAUUGACUAAGGACUAUGUUACUAGGACUCACAUUUAAUGCCCACUGUUUUCGUGUAGAAAUAGAAAAAAAAAGGUACGUUGGUAUGUGGUCUAAGAUUCAAAGCUUGCUACUGCCUUUUACUUACCGAAAUUGAAUCACUUUUCCUACAUUUUCUUUCAGUUUGAAAAGUACUACAGCCCUUUGUGUUGGUAUUAGUUCAUAAGAUUCAUUAAAUUUCCAUCAGGAAUGCUUGUACAAUGAAUGUGUUUUUAGGCUUGCUGCCAUUAUCAUUAAGCUCAAGGUAGUUUCCUGCUCAACUUGUUUUCUUGUUUUAUCAUUCAAUAUUUAUCCCUUCACAUACAUUUUUCUAGUUUCAUCCAGUUUUGGAAGUAGGACUUAUGUUGUUGUAAUGGGUCUCUUGGUGCCAGAGUAUGUGUAUGCCGAUACAUAUAAGUGCUAUACUAAAAAAGCCACUUCCAUAUUUCAUUCAGCUGAAAUUUUUGGGAUAAAAAACACACCAUGCGUGUCCUGUUCAGUGCUUGUGUCUUGGCAUGCAAUUUAGUUGAUCAUGGCAUAUCCGGCUUGCACGUACAGUAUAUGUUUAUCCCAUUUCAUGGUGUUUGAUUACCGAACUAGAUCAUUGAUAAUACACAUGUAUACACUGUGCGAUAAACACAUUAUUGCAUUAUUUGUCAAGAAACGGAGAGUUGAAAUUGAGUACCCAGCCAGUGAUGCACACCGGAAGGUUGCAAACAUGCAGGCAAUAGUCAGUUAUGAAUACCCUGAGAGUACUCAGACAAUUACAUUAUACAACAAUGUUUUUUCCUCAUUACAAGGAGCAGUGAUAAGGCUAGUUAAAAAUGUUUUCUUUUCCCCAGCAUUUUUAGCCUCUGCUCACUUAAAGGACUUGAACUGUUUGUUUAUGGUAUAAUAGAUCCUGCCAACAUCUUCUUUCCAUAAUUCAGUAGUGUAAUCUUGUCAGUCCUAUAACCAACUGCAAAGUCACCACUCAGGUCAGCAUUAAUGAGUAAUUGGGAUGAACAGUUUAUAGACAAUUUUGUAUUUCAUUGAAUAGUUUGUGACUUAGAUGACUUGUUUACUACUUUAAUGAAGUGGUAUCGUUUAGCGCAUCCGUUAAGGAUUUGGAUUCUCUCUCGCUUUUUUCUUCUCAGAAACGGUUCAUGUGAGUCCUUGCUUUUAUUCUCUUGUUAAGAGAGGAUUAUCUUCACCAGUAUUUGGUGUUUCUUAGAAGAAAACAGCAGUUAUUAGUAGGUACGUGUUUCUUAUUGAAUGUGUAGAGUAAGUCUUUAGCCUGACGUGUGUAAUUUUACAAUCAGUGAAUUCAUCACAGCUGUUUAGUUGGAGUUAUUGUAGACCCAUUUUAAGUGGUCAUUGUGUUGCCGGUACCAAAGGGCUUUAGUAUUGUUGUCAUUUAGGUGUUUAUCCAGUAUGCUGCUUGUCUUAAUCAUUUUGAGUGCAUUGAAAGUGCAAUUAUAUUAACAUUGACAGUAAAAGUUAAUUUGUUAGACGGAAGUGUACUCUAGUUUAAUAUGUGGAAUAUGGUUCGUGCUUGAGUUGGCCUUUGUUGGGGUUUUCUUGGAUCACCUCGAGUGACCGAGCUCAUAGGGUCCAUUAGCAAUUUCAUGGGAUCACCAACCCCCACCCCCCAAUUAGAUCAAUCAAGUUACGCCCCUCUACAUGUAAAUAUGAGUCAGGGAACUGCACAAGCAUCCAUACGGUAACCAAAUCUGUAAUCUGUCUCUCACAGAGAGAAACAGAUAGAUGCCUUACCCAAGAGUGCAGGGCCCAUCGUGCCUGUUGCAGGAAAUCAUCUCACGUUUUUUAAUACCUCCCCCCAUGAACUAAUUACAAAUAGUUCAACUAAAGCUGCUCAUACUCAAAGAAAGGACAAUGCUCGCUUGUGUAUUUUACAGUUGCUGCUCUGUGAUCAAUGCGACCGAUGUGCGUUGUUUCAGAAAGAAACUGAAUAGUGUUUAUCGCUGAUCCAAAGGUGGAUCGUGAACCAAAUUUUUAGGGGGCCAAAUUGGUAUUUGCGGAAGGGAUUCGGCAAUGCUCCUGUGCCCCUGCCUCCACUCAAAACAAGUCUCCAAUCGCACGUCCAAAAGACUGUGUGCAAAUUAACCACAGAAUCAAAACAUCUGCUUCAGACAGGUACAAAAGGCACAACGGUCACUGUGCUUGUAGCCUACGAAAAAAAUCUGAGGCCUAAGAAAAAUUGGAGGUGGACGAUAAAACACGCACAGUUGUGUUCAAGCUUUGGCUUUAACUUGAAUUUUCCAUUUUUGGAAAGCUUCGAAUAGCCAGACCAGCUCAGCUGAGCAUUAACAUGAAAUGCAAAAAGUCAGCCUUCAAUGCUGAGAGAUUGGUGUUGAUGCAGUGGGUAGAUAGUAGGUCCUACCAUGGAGCUAUUUCUUUGCUCCAUACGGAACGCAGAUCCCGGGGGCUGUAUGUAUGUAGUACUGCUAAUCCGGCCCGACUACAGGCUGUAUACUUGCAACCAUCUUGAUAGUCCGACACGUUUCCUGAACUUUGGCAUGUUGGCUUUUCACGUUCUCCUUUCAAAACGUUUGUGUGAAACUGUUGUUCCCAAAGCAUAAUUCAUCCCUUUCUCUGCGUGGUGUUAAGAGUAUAUUUCACCAUCAGAAAAAUUAAUUGCAAAAAAUUUAUUUUCUAAUGACAUUUUUUUAAUACGGAUAUAAUAAUGUGAAUGGGCUUAAUACACCGACAUUACUAAUAAUUGCAGACAGCGAUUAUCCGUGAAUAUGUCCUUGAGUGUUAUUACAAUAGCACACAUGCAGUUGGUUGCAAGGUGCCUACCCAAGUCCAGCUUACUAAGUAAACAAUAUUCUCUUUUGGUGCCCAAGAAGAUUGGAGAUUAUCGUCGAGUGGCAAAUCGAUGCCUUAUUUCGGCAACAGUUACUAAGACCAGACAGUCGUAGAAUUUGUCUCAGAUUCAUUUUUCACAGUCUGAAGAUUUUUACCGUCGUCCACAUUUCAUGUCAAUGGCCACGUUCUUUACGGCAAUAUGCCUUUGAGAUACCCCCCCCCCAAAAAAAGGUUAUCUUUGGUUUGCCCUUACAUUCUCUUUGUAUCUUUAAGUUAAUGCGAGUUUGAAGAGCUUUAUUCUGUACUUUUGAUGUUUUGUUUGAAUGUGAAAUUCUGUAUACAACCACCGAGAUCGUUUGCUUUUAAUUUGGAAAUGGAUGUCUUUGUUUCACGUAGGAGAUGCGUAUCGCCUAUGUGAAACAAAGACAUGAUGACGAAAAAUUUGAACUGUUCAGAAAUGGAUUGGUAAAGUCGUUGUUUUAGAUGUUGUAAUGUUAUUUUGUAAAUAAAAAAUCUUUAAAUAAACGAA